AUGGCAGCUAACGAGGAUGAUUCAACGCUUUUCAAGCUAGAAUUGGCGUGUUCGGAUUUGAGAACACUCCUGCAAUCAUCGGUUCAAAUGGAAAAAAGCCUGGAAGUGAUGGAGAGGAAGUUUGAUUUUAUAGAUGAAAGUCUCUCAACAGUUGCCAAAAGAGUAGCUCCUUUGCAGUCCUUGGCUAUGGUUGCAAAGGCUCUCGAGACUAGAAUCAAUAGAGCUGUCUCUCCGGCUCUUGCUCUCCUCCAUAGUUUCAAGCUCUCUGAAUCUCUCCAGAGCAAGCUUAUUGAACUCUCCAACAAACUAACCACUGAGAAAAACCCGAGAAAGAGGCUUAAAAAGCUGCUCAAAUAUGUUGAAUAUGUUGAUCAGCUUAAUGCGGCCAUUAACUUAAUCAGUCGAGACACUAAAAAACAUCUUUCUGCCAUGGGAUGGAGCUUUUGGUACGCACCCAAGAACGGAAGACGUGAGCUGCGUUAUCAAUCACCUGAUGGAAAAGUUUACUAUUCGCUUAAAACAGCUUGUAAAAGUCAAAUCGAUGGAGGAGGAGGAAAAGAAGAGAUUAGGGUUAAGGUUCAAGACUUGGAACCCAAGCAACCAAGAAAGAGGAAGAGUUUGAGCCAGGAAAAUCAACCAUUGGGUGAACUUGUUCAACCCAACCCACCAAAAAGAGGCAAGAAACUGAAAACACAAAAGAAACCUAGAAAAAAUCAAACUAAUCCUCAUGCGCAACGAUCAAGUAAAAGAGUGAGAGAGGGUCCACUUCCGAGUUCCUCUCAUCGUCAACCUAGAAACAUUCUCUCUUGGUUGAUAGAUAACAACGCGGUUUCGCCACUGGCAAAAGUGUAUUACCGCAACAAGGCAGGGGAUCCAUUGCAGAAAGGGCGGAUAACUCGUGACGGGAUCCAAUGUGACUGUUGUUUCAGGGUUUUUGGUCUCACCGCCUUUGAGGCACAUGCUGGUAGUACCAACCAUAGGCCAGCUGCUAAUAUAAUGUUUGACGAUGGCAGUGGCAGUUCUCUUUCUGAUUGUCAAAGGCAAGUUCGUGAUUCCAUGAUCAACUGUUCCAAAGCACAGAGCCCUCAAACUGUGAAGGGCAAUCCAUAUGAAUAUGAGAACGAUGGCGUUUGCUCUGUUUGUCGCUAUGGAGGUGAAUUGAUUUGCUGUGAUCGAUGCCCUUCUGCAUUCCAUGUCAAUUGCCUUGGCCUGAAGGAAGUUCCUGAUGGCGACUGGUUUUGUCCAUCCUGCUGUUGUGGAAUUUGUGGCAUUGGACAUUUGAGUGAUGAUAGUUUUCUUACUUGUCAACAAUGUGAGCGUAAAUUUCAUGUUGACUGCUUAGGGAAGAAGCAAUCAAGUGACUUGAAGAAUAAUCAGACGGGAAAAAAUCAGUUUUGCAGCCAUAGCUGUGGACAAGUAUUUUCUGGCCUUCAAAAGCUUACAGGAAAUCCAAUUCCAGUCAGAGACAAUCUGACGUGGACAUUAUUGAAGUCUGCGGGGUGCUCUGAUGGUGAUACUGAUCACGCUCAUGGCGUCGAGGCUUCUGCAGAGAAUCACAGUAAGUUGAGUGUUGCACUUGAUGUGAUGCAUGAGUGCUUUGAGCCUAGUAAAGAUGUUUACACUGGGAGAGAUCUCGUUGAAGAUGUGAUUUUCAGCAGAGGGUCAAAGCUGAAACGAGUGAAUUUCAAAGGAUUCUAUACGGUGAUUCUGGAGGAAAAUGAUGAUUUGGUUACUGUGGCUACUGCUAAAGCAUAG